UGGCGGUGCCCAGAGAAAUGAACAGAUGGGCGUCUGAACAGCUGGUGGUCGAAUUUAUGUAGGAUAUCGAGAAGAAUCAGGCAUGUAGAUAUCGAUGACACUUAUAAAAGUAAUGGGAGGAAGAGUUUUUAUUCAGCACUCCUCAGCCACAGUGACAGGGAUUUCUACAAAAACUAUCACACAUUGAAGCAUAGUGGAAUCUUGAUUCGUCUUGACACGUUAAUGAGUAAAAAGAUAGCAUCUGCCAUGUCAUUUGGUGUUGAGCGUCGUCUGAAUCGUCAUGCCACCACCAUACUCAUAGGAGGCAUAUUCCUCACAAUAAGUGCCCUCAUGUUCCUAUCAUUAUGCAACAUGCCAUGCGAGGACUGCACCUAUAUCGCCGUGCCAAUGAUGAUCACAGCCAUGGCAAGGAAAAGACAGGAUGGGGACAAAAGAUAUUUGCUCAAUCACGGAGAUAACUGCUCACCUUGUCAUCCUGAUAUUGACUGGACCAGAAAAUGCAGAACGAUUCGCCAUGCAAUACGAGAAACCUGGCUUCAUGAUCUUCCCAAAGAUGUAGCUGCAUAUUUUGUAAUAGGAACGAAACAGUUAUCAAAAGAUGUCGAAGAUCGAUUGAUGCGGGAAAACAUGCUACGUAAAGACUUACUGCUGUUGAAAUAUCAUGAGGAAUCAUACCUAGCAUUAAGCAAGAAGCUUUUGACAAGUCUAGAAUGGAUACAUGAACAUGUCGAUUUCAAAUUUCUUUUGAAAGUUGAUGAUGACAGUUUUGUUCGACUUGAUGCACUAUUGAAGGAGCUGAAAUUUAAAGAUGAAGAAAAACUGUAUUGGGGUUUCUUUGAUGGGCGAGCCCAUGUGAAACAGAGAGGGAAAUGGAAGGAACAAGAAUGGGUGCUGUGUGACCGGUACUUGCCCUAUGCACUUGGAGGAGGAUAUGUUGUUUCAAGUGAUUUGGUUCACUUUGUGGCUAGUAAUGCUAAUUAUCUCAAAACGUUCAUCAGUGAGGAUGUGUCCCUCGGGGUGUGGUUGGCUCCUGUGAAUGUGAACAGGUUGCAUGACCCACGGUUUGAUACCGAGUACAGAUCCCGUGGGUGUCGGAACUUAUAUUUGGUCACUCACAAGAAAAGUAUUCUUCAAAUGAGAGAUUUACAUCAAACUCUUCAGACCACUGGUCAUUUAUGUCGAUCAGAAAUACAGAGUUAUAAGUCUUACAUGUAUAACUGGAAUGUGCCCCCAACAUUGUGUUGUAUUAGAAACGAUACAUCCAUCCCCUGAAGUGUUUGUAAAUACAAUGUCUGUUGAUGUUUUUUGUACAGUUACAGUAGUAUUUUGUAUAUCAUUCUUAUUUAACUGUUUUGAGAUUCAAACAUAUCAAAAUGUGGAUCAACAUUAUAAACUUUGAGGUCAAUCUUCAUGGUUUUUAUCCUGCCAAAGGCUCUUAGUUAAAUAUCCUUGACAAAUCCUUCAACAUAUUACCCUUCUCACCAUUUUGUAAUGGUCUGAUAAGCCACAGUAGCAGGAAUUAAACUGAAUUAUUCUAUAGUGCUAUUUGGGGCAGAGCUCAUCCCACCUAAGAUACAGAGUUUGAUUCCCCACAUGGGUUAAAAAUAGAAUUUAACCCACCUCCUACUUCUGACUAAGGGCAUAAUUGUGACAUCUUCAACUUGGUCAAAUAGAAUAUUUAUAUUGAUUUUGAAGUGUUGUAUUCAGGGCCCACUUGCACAAGAACGAUCGUAGCUACAAUCAAUUGUAGGCAUUUGCAAUCGAAAUUACAAUCGCGAUCGUAACUCUUACAACUCUUGCACAAAAGCGAUUGUAGCACAGUUGUAACUCAUCUCAUUUUACUAUUGCGAUUGUAAGUUACAAUCGUAAUCUUCUGUGCUGAAGAUAAGAUUAUCCAUUGCAACAUAGACAACAAUUUAGAGUUACGUCCCUUAAGUUGAUUCGUAACCAAAUUGAAGAGUGAAUUCGUGGCCACUUUCUAGUCCGGGAAUAUCAGCAAACUACUAUGAAAGUUAAAAACUUUUAUUCAUUGUUUUCAUUUUUUUAUAGUAUUUGAGACAUUAAAUUCAUACAUUUGAUAAUUUUGAUAAAUAUUGCAUAUCACUAAAUCUAUAGGUUAUCAAAAUCACAAUAACAUAAUUAUACAUUGAUAAGAAAAAGGGGAAUAAACUGAAGCUUAUAUAAACAGUAAUUAUUAUUUUCGUUUCAGUUGACUUUAUUUUCCCUUAAGGGACCACUAGUUUGAACAACUGCUUGAAAAUAUAAAGUAUUUUGAUAUCUCUUUGAAAUUAUUGCAAAAUCACCAGCUCCAAUGUGCUUUGUUAUCAAUUAUUGUUUAUUUGGGUACGAGUUCACUUUGGGUAUGAAUUCGGGGUGGAGACGAGUAUGUAUUAGGUACCAAUAUUCACCUACAGCCGUUUUCGCUUUGACUCAAUUAUUCCCACUUAUUUUUUUAUAUAUAUAUGAAACUUUAUUCUUUCCCAUAUAUCUCAUAACGAAACUGGUUUUUACAAUUCUUUUUUAUUUCAGUGUUAUGUGAUCAAAUCGUUACAACAUUAACUCCCUUAUUCUAUAUUUACAUACAAGGGAAGCUACUCUGAAGUUAAAGUUUACCUCAAGUUGGCGUCACAUACGUCUUGAACAUUUAUGGCGUGGAAGCCUUUCCGACAAACGUAGGCCACUUCUUCAUCUGCAGGUGGUCGUUUAAUGGGAAUAAGUGUACCAUCAAUUGCCCCAAUAACACGGGGGAAUUCAGCUAUUUUGUAGAAGUCUUGCAUUCUAACUUUAUUUGCGUCAGGAUUGAACUUGAUGUCCCAAACGUUGUUUAUGGCACGGAUUGUCCGAUGGCCGGCGCGAGACACAGAGGAUUCGUGAACGCCAUGUAGAUUGCCUAUUUCCAUCGAAAAACCUCCUUUACUCAGGUAACGAAGUGUAACCAGCAACUGAGUUUCAGGGGAAAUGGCAUGUGAACGCAUCGUUCCAUGUUCGAUGUGUGGCCGAACUUUCUCCAAAAGUGAGAAUAUGGAAUGCCGAGGCAACCUAUACCUUGAAAUGUGUUAACCUUCCGUCAAUAACUCCAAAUGUAAUGUUCUAUCUCUAAAAAUACAUUUAAUUUUUUCUGAGACUUCCUCGGCAGCCAUGUACAACGCCAUUUUUACCAUCGAUUGUAGGCAC